AAGGCAAUUUACCCCAGGCUCUCGUGGUGUUCUUUUCACGGGCAAUCUAUCUCUGACGCUAGCAUUGGCUACAGCACCCUUCGCUUAGCGCUCAAAGAAGAUUCUGUGGGGUUUCCAUAUUGCUUAAUUUAACGUUGUGAACUGCGAACUUGGACGGACCGGCGGCUCCGCUGCGAAAAGAGUCGCGCGGGCUUGGGGGCCUGGGCGGAAUCAUUUCUGGUGGAGGUUCGGUUGGUGGAUACGACGAAAAGCUUUCGCGGGCUGGGGUCGGGAGGCUUCGCGUGAGGUUGGCGUGGGCGUGUAUUUGGCUUGGGGGUGUACGGUUUGGGAGCCGGGAUGUGGCGGCGCUGUGGAUCACCCGGUGGUGGGUUGUAUAAAGGCAGCGCAGCGGGAACAUGGCAACAUGUAGACGCAGGACCCUCGAGCAACGAACGAACAUGAAACUCUCCGCGUCCCUCGCGCUCGCUGCUGCGGCAUCGUCUGCCUCGGCGCACACCAUCUUCGUCUCGCUGAACAACGGCGCGAUUGGCGAUGGCGUCCGCGUAGUCUCCUACGACGGUCCCGUUCAGGACGUAUCGUCCAGCUCCAUCGCCUGCAACGGCGCCCCCAACGGCACACCCCAAAGCACCAACACCGUCAUCAACAUCCAAGCCGGGUCGACCGCAAAGCUCACCUGGCGCCACACCCUCACGUCGGGCUCCAACGACGUCAUCGAUGCGAGCCACAAGGGGCCGGUCAUGGCGUACUUGAAGAAGGUGUCGGAUGCGAAGAGCGAUGCUGGUCCUGGAUCGGGCUGGUUCAAGAUCGCCGAAGACGGGCUCGAUUCCUCGGGCAAGUGGGGCGUCGACCGUCUGAUUGCCAACGGCGGCGUGCAGACCAUCACCAUCCCGCAGUGCAUUGCACCAGGACAGUACCUCCUCCGCGGCGAGCUGAUCGCUUUGCACGGCGCGUCGUCCUCUGGCGGUGCGCAGUUCUACAUGGAGUGCGCGCAGAUCAACAUCCAAGGCGGGUCUGCCAGCAAGACGCCGUCGAGCGUGAGCCUGCCCGGCGCGUACAAGGCGUCUGACCCGGGAAUUCUGUACAACCUGUACAACGGCCAGAAAACUUACACUGCGCCCGGCCCGUCAGUGUUCAAGUGCUAGACGUAGGUCGAGGGUGUGAUAGGGGGGAGCCUUGCCAAGCAGGGAGGUGGUGGAUUGCAUGUCCUUGUAAUGUAAA